AUGAGCGUUAAAGCUUUCAAGCUCGUUUCUGUUGUUGAACGGGAGAUGUUAAUGGGAGACAAAAACUACAUCAACAUCGAAUGCCUCGAGUGCUGUGGCAAGAACCUCUACGUUGGGACCAAUGACUGCUUCAUCUUCCACUUCCUGCUGGACGAGAAGGUGUCGACAGCCGGGAAGACGACUUUUGCCGCCACCAAGCAGCUGUGUAAGUACCUGGGCUUGAAGAAGCCUGUGAGCGAGCUGAAGGCAGCCUCUGCCCUCGCCAGGCUGCUGGUGCUCUGUGACAACACCAUCACCCUGGUCAACAUGCUGAACCUGGAGCCCGUGCCCACGGGCGCUCGCAUCAAGGGGGCGGUGGCGUUCGCGCUGAACGAGAACCCGGUGGGCGGGGACCCCUUCUGCGUGGAGCUCUGCAUCAUCUCGGCCAAGCGCCGCACCGUCCAGGUGUUCCUGGUGUUCGAGGACAGGGUCCAGAUCCUCAAGGAGGUCUUCACCCCCGAGCAGCCCUGCGCCCUGGCCGUGGAUGGCUACUACCUGUGCCUGGCGCUCACCACCCAGUACAUCAUCCUGAAUUACAACACCGGCGUCUCCCAGGAUCUCUUCCCUUACUGCAGCGACGAGAAGAGGCCCAUUGUGAAAAGGAUAGGCAGACAGGAGUUUCUGUUGGCUGGCCCUGGAGGCCUAGGCAUGUUUGCCACGGUGGAUGGGAUUUCGCAGCGCGCGCCCGUGCACUGGUCGGAGAACGUGAUUGGAGCAGCUCUGUGCUUCCCCUACGUGGUCGCUCUCGACGAGGAGUUCAUCACAGUGCACAGCAUGCUGGACCAGCAGCAGAAGCAAACCCUGCCUUUUAAAGAAGGUCACAUUCUGCAGGACUUUGAAGGAAAGGUGAUUGUUGCUACUAAUAAGGGUGUGUAUAUCUUGGUGCCACUACCUUUGGAAAAACAGAUUCAGGAUCUUCUAGCUAGCCACAGAGUGGAAGAAGCCCUUGUUCUAGCAAAAGGAGCACGAAGGAAUAUUCCAAAAGAGAAAUUUCAGGUAAUGUACAAACGAAUCCUGCAGCAAGCAGGUUUUAUACAGUUUGCACAGCUUCAGUUCCUUGAAGCAAAAGAACUCUUCAGAAGCGGCCAGCUUGACGUCCGGGAGCUGAUCUCUCUCUACCCCUUCCUGUUGCCUACUUCCUCCUCGUUCAUACGGUGCCACCCCCCCCUGCACGAGUAUGCAGACCUGAACCAGCUGACCCAGGGGGACCAGGAGAAGGUGACCAAGUGCAAACGUUUCCUCAUGAGCUACCUGAACGAGGUGCGCAGCACCGAGGUCGCCAACGGCUACAAGGAGGACAUCGACACGGCCCUGCUCAAGCUGUAUGCAGAGGCAAACCACGAGAGCCUGCUGGAUCUGCUGGUUUCAGAGAACUUUUGUCUUUUAACAGAUAGUGCUGCCUGGCUGGAAAAACACAAAAAGUAUUUUGCCCUUGGUCUCCUCUAUCACUAUAAUGGUCAAGAUGCUGCAGCUCUUCAGCUAUGGGUGAAAAUAGUUGAUGGAGACAUUGAAGAUUCUACACGUUCAGAUCUCUAUGAAUACAUAGUAGACUUCCUCACUUUCUGCUCAGACCAAGAUCUAGUGUGGAAAUACUCUGAAUGGGUUCUACAAAAAAAUGAAGAGGUUGGCGUACAGAUUUUCACUAAAAGGCCUUUGGAGGACCAGGAGAAAAACAUUAAUCCAGAUGAUAUCAUCAAUUGCCUUAACAAAUAUCCUAAAGCACGUAUUAAGUAUCUAGAACAUCUAGUAUUGGAAAGAAAAAUAGAGAAAGAAAAGUACCACACUCACCUCGCUGUCUUGUACUUGGAGGCAAUACUUCAGCUGAAGUCUGUGACCCCAGAUAAUGGUGCAGAAACAACUGAGCUGCUGCUCAAGCUACGCAGUCUGCUUCAGAAAUCUGAUCUGUAUAGAAUUCACUUCAUUCUGGACAAAAUCCAGGGCACAGACCUUCACAUGGAAAGUGCAAUUCUGUAUGGAAAGCUGGAGGAGCACGAGAAGGCUUUGCAGAUCCUGGUGCACGAGCUGCAGGACUUUGGUGCUGCCGAGGAGUACUGCGUGUGGAGCUCGGCGCGCAGGGACGCGCGCUACCGGCGCAGGCUCUUCCACAUGCUGCUCUCCGUGUACCUCGGCCCCGGCAGCCCCGACUGUGCCCUCCUCCUGCCUGCUGUGGAUCUCCUCAACAGGCACCCUGCCGAAUUCGAUGCUGCUCUAGUUCUGCAGGUGGUGCCUGAGAGCUGGUCCGUGCAGCUCCUCUCCCCGUUCCUGGCGGGAGCAGUGAGGCAAAGCGUUCACACCAGAAGAAUGACUCAGGCUGCUCUUGGCUUAGCACAAGCUGAAAACUUAAUCUACAAAUAUGAGAAGGUCAAACAAAAAGGAACCCCAAUUGUUCUCUCGGACACGAAGGUGUGUCAGGUGUGCCAAAACCCCUUCUGUGAGCCUGUGUUUGUAAGGUACCCAAACGGGGGCGUGGUCCACACACACUGUGCUGCCAACAGGCAGCCGAAUUCCAACACCACUCAGCAUCCUGCCAGCUCCAGCAAUCAGACUUGA